AUGAUUGCUCUGUCGCCACAAAUUGUGCCUUCUGCCUCGGACUCACCUUCACCGUCCUUGAAAGCGCCUGUCAAGACGUACAACGAUCUCGUUCGCUCGUUCUUCACUCGCUCCGCCACAGACACCGAACCCGAACCUUCGCGCUCUCCCGCUCGCAUGGGCUUCCGGGAAGGGGACUCAGGCCCUGCAUUUACCCCGCCAGAAUCCUUACCGCCGCCUACACCCGCCGUUCUGGAGCUUGGCUGUGAGGUUCAGGACCUUACAACUACCUUGACCUCGCCCGACGACUGGUCGGACGAUAUCGUUCUCGUCGACGGCAUGCCCAUCCCAUACAUAUCAUCCGGCCACCCCGGCGUAGAAGACGUUGAAGAGUACGACGAAUACGAGGAGGACGUGACCAGCGCCUACACCACACACGGCAUCUCGGAUAUGCCCCGCGCGUCUCUACAACACUUCUCACACCACGGUCUGUCGCGUAGCGCCCUACAACACCACAAGUGGCUCUGGAGCGCGCGCUAUGACGAAUGGAUGCAAUGGCAGAUCGAUGUAGAGCAAGCCACCUCCGGCUACGACGGAGUCGUUGACCCUGCGACCAUCGAACCACCCGCAGCUCUUCGCGCACGUUCGCCUUCUCUCACCCCACCGCCGACACCCACAUCUCCUCUCCCACCUACAGCAUCCCUGCGCGAGGUCAAUCCAGCUAUAUUCCCCCGAACCGGCGACCUAUCUGCUUUGCACGAUCCCCACUCAGCGCGUGUCGACCGCUUCUUUGGGAACUAUCCGCUCUGCACUCUGCAGAAGGCGCUCUUCGUUCUGAGCAUGCGCACCGGGAGCGACGGCGCUUCCACGGCGACAUCCUCAUCUCUCUCGGCGGAAGGUAACUCGCUUCCCAUUACACCUGUAACGCCGAGCGAUGGCAGUCGUUACUCCGAUGAGGAGGACGGAUCGGACACUUCACACACGCGCGGACCCGAGGUUAGGGAGCUUCCGGCUGUAGCCGCAUAUGAACGCUGGGAUGCACGAUGGGAGGUCUUCCAGGAGUUGGCAACAUUGACGCCUCCGGAAAGCGAUGAACCGUCGCGCAAUGGCAAGCUCGCACAGACCUCCUUUGGACUACCGGUGGUGCUACGUCCGCUGGAUGUCCAAAUGGAGCCGGAAGAGCCUGAGCAGCCCGUCGAAGCUCGCCAGAGAACGCGCUUCUUCAUUGCCAACGACGAAGGCGAUGCAGAAGACGAACGUUCCUUCUCUGGCACGGUUGACCAGGACGACGAUGAGGAUGAAGACGACUACGGCGAGAUCUUGGUCAACCCUCGCUUUGGUCGUGGGCCGUAUGUCACGGAGACGGAGCUUCUCCCCGACUUCGAGAACGAGCGCGAGACUGAAGGCUCGCGCUCGAUGGUGGUUGAAACAGACAUCCUCCCUGGUCUACGCCGCCUUCGGCUAUCGCUAUGA